AAAUUCAAUUCCAAAACACAAACACGUGCAACUGUUGGAGCGCGUUGCUCGUUUUACUUUUUUUUUAACCAUUUAGAACGUGAAAUAACGGCAAAAUGGGUAAAAAGAGCAAAGUAGGAAAGACCCGUAAGGAUAAGUUCUAUCAGUUGGCGAAGGAGACAGGCUUCCGAUCACGUGCCGCUUUCAAGUUGAUACAGUUAAAUCGGAAAUUCGGAUUCCUCCAACAGUCGCAGGUAUGCAUAGAUUUGUGUGCGGCUCCCGGUGGUUGGAUGCAGGUGGCAAAACAGAACAUGCCUGUAUCUAGCAUAGUGAUAGGUGUGGAUCUGUUUCCCAUUCGACCCAUUGCCGGUUGCAUUGGCCUCGUAGAGGACAUUACCACAGAGAAAUGUCGCCAGUCCUUAACCAAGGAACUGCAGUCGUGGAAGGCAGAUGUGGUGUUGCAUGACGGAGCACCUAAUGUGGGUCGUAAUUGGCUUUUUGAUGCCUAUCAGCAGAUUUGCUUGACACUCAAUGCCUUAAAGCUAGGCACACAGUUUCUCCGCAGUGGCGGUUGGUUUGUGACCAAAGUUUUCCGCUCCAAGGACUACAAUGCUCUGCUGUGGGUUCUCAAGCAGCUAUUUAAAAAGGUUCACGCCACAAAGCCUAGUGCUUCACGUAAAGAAUCUGCGGAAAUCUUUGUGGUUUGCCAGGGUUAUUUGGCUCCUGAUCGUAUCGAUCCUCGGCUGCUUGAUUCCAAAUAUGUGUUCGAGGAGCUCGAUUUGGAGGGCAAAAAGAAGAGCAGCCUAUUGCAUCCAGAGAAGCAAAAGCGCAUAAAAGCAGAGGGCUACACUGAGCAGGACAUAGCCCUACGGAAUGAUCUGGCCGCCACAGAGUUUAUGCAGGCGGAGAACGCCUUAGCAGCUCUCCAAGGCAUUGGAUCCAUACGCAUUGACGAUGAGCGCAUAGCCCGUCACAAAAAGACCACAACGGAGAUCCUAGAAUGUUGCAAAGAUAUUAAGGUUUUGGGCCGCAAGGAUAUCAAAGGUCUGCUUCUCUGGUGGAAGGCUAUCAAAGAUGAAUUCUUUAAAACGGAGGCAGCAGAAGAGGAGACUUUGGUGGUAGAAGAGUCAACACCAAAGCCCCUGACUCAGGAGGAGAUUGAGGACAUGGAGGAUGCGGAUCUCCAGCAGCAAAUUGAAACUCUGGCCGAUGAGGAACAAAAAGAUUUAAAGCGCAAACGCAAGAAGACUCUAAAGACCAAAGCCAAGCUGCACGAAAAGAUGAACCUCAACAUGGUUAUCAAGGGCGACGAUGGUCCUGUGGAGGAGGCGGAGCAUGAGAUAUUCGACUUAAAAGGAAUUAGUUCGGUCAAUGAGUUAGACCAAAUGCUUGACAUUGAGCCUGAUUUCGAUGUGGAAGGCGAGCCGGAGCAGCACCCAAAGCUUCCCAAAUUCAAGAAAUAUGACAAAGAUGACAAACGAAUGGAUGAUGAUGCCAACUAUGAGAACGAUGAUGAGCCAGAGCCAAGUCAGGACGAGGAUAGUGAUAGUGACUACGAUCGCAAGGGCUUGGGACUCAGUGACGACGAGGGAGAUGGGUCCAGCGCCAAGGGCAAGCAGAAAAAGAAGAAGCGCGGAGAGCAUCCCCUUAUCAAGUCGGGCGACUUUCGGGACAAGGACACAAAACGCCAGCAGCGGGUCCAGCUCUGGUAUGAGAAGGACAAUCUCCAGAAUAUAGAAACAGACGACGAUGACGAGGAGACUUACGAUUUGGACAAUUUGGCCAAGGAGUACAAGGCUAAGGGUGUUUCAGUGCUGGGUGAGACCAAUAGAAGUACUCUUACGCCGGACACUGGAACUCUGGCGCUGGGCAAGAAGGCCAAGCGACGAGCUCGCCAUGAGACCGAUGCCAAGGAGAGCAGUUCGGAGUCAUCCUCCUCCGAGUCGGAGGAGGAGCUAGAUGGCGAUAACGCAGUAGCUGGUGAUAUGAGCAAAGAGCCCAAGGCGAAAAAGGUGCGUCUUACCGAAGAGGAACUGGCUCUAGGUUCUCUCCUCGUUCGUGGCAAGAAGACACGACGUGACCUGGUUGAUGCUGCCUGGAAUCGUUAUGCAUUCAACGAUGAGAAUCUGCCCGCCUGGUUUGUGCAAGAAGAACGCGAGCAUAUGACCAAACCACAGCCAGUGCCCAAGGAGCUGACAGAGGAGUAUCAGCGCAAGGUCCAAGAGCUCAAUGUGCGUCCCAUUAAGAAGGUAAUGGAGGCCAAGGCGCGUAAGAAGCGUCGUGUCACCAAGCGUCUAGCCAAGGCCAAAAAGAUGGCUGAAAAGAUUAUGGAGAAUGCCGAUGCCACCUCCCAGGAGAAAGCCAAACAGCUGAAGAAGGUCUACAAGAAGGCCCAGGAGAAGAAGAAGGAGAUUACCUAUGUAGUGGCCAAGAAACACACGGCCUCCAGACGUGCCCGUCGUCCCGCCGGCGUGAAGGGACGUUAUCGUGUUGUAGAUCCCCGCGAGAAGAAGGAUAAACGUUCCCUCGACGCCAAGAAGCGACGCGAAAAGGGCAGCAAAGGCAAGGGCAAGGGCAGUAGGAGUGGCGGCAGGGGUAAACGCUAGUUAUAAAUUUUGUAAAUGAAUAAAAUAAAAAUGAAUUAAUCUUAUAAACAUAUAAACAACAAAAAUAUACGCAAAUUUUUAGUGUAUACACAAAA